AUGCUUGGAUGGUUUUUGGAUCCACUCAGCAGAGGAGACUAUCCCGAGAGCAUGAAAGUAUUGGUCGGAAACCGCCUGCCACAGUUCACCAGACAACAGUCUAAAUUGGUGAAGGGUGCAUUUGACUUCAUUGGAAUCAACUACUACAGUACAAACUACGCUUAUAGCCUUCCUCCAUCUAAUUGCCUGAGGAACAGCUACUCUACUGAUGCUCAAGCUAAUCUUACGGGUAUUCGAAAUGGUGUCCCCAUAGGUCCUCAGGCUGCUUCGCCUUGGCUCUACGUCUACCCUCAAGGCCUCCAUGAUAUGCUACUUUUUCUCAAGGAGAAGUACCACAAUCCAACCAUCUACAUCACUGAAAAUGGAUUCGAUGAAGCCAACAACAAGAGACUACCACUAAAUGAAGCCCUCAAGGACGAUGCCAGGAUAGACUACCACCACAUGCACCUUGUUGCCCUGCUGAGUGCGAUCAGGGACGGGGCAAACGUGAAGGGGUAUUUCGUGUGGUCGAUGCUCGACAACUUCGAGUGGGAGAGCGGGUACACAGUGUGGUUUGGGUUACACUAUGUGGACUACAACCAUGGUCUAAAGCGGUACCCCAAGCGCUCUGCUGGCUGGUUCAAGAAUUUUCUCAAGGAUGAUCUCACAGAUAACCUGGAAACCAGCGACAAAUAA